AUGUCAGCUAAAGCUACAAUAGAGUUAUUUAAGAAAACGUUUGCGAUACUUGGAUUACCUAUAAAUAUUGUAACGGAUUCUGGAGCUAAAUUUCUUAGUGAAGGAUGUCAAUCUUAUUUUAAACAAUUAGGUACAAAACAUACUUUGACUGCCCUUAAACACUCAGCAACAAAUGGUGCUGCAGAAAACAUUGUAAAAACAUUUAAACGCAAAGUAGAAGCUAUUAUGGAAAGUGACAAUGUCAGUCUACAAGUUGCGUUGGACAGAUUUUUAUUUGGAUACCAAAUAAUUAAGCAUCUGAUGAUAGAUGAGACACCUGCAAAAUUACUGUUUAAUAAGGAACUGCGAACACCUCUUCAUUUCUUACAGCCUAGCGUUGAAAAUUUUGUCAAAUAUAAACAAGAUGUACAAGUAAAAAAUUUCGGUGGCAAAAAGAUGGAUAACUUUGAAAAAGGCAACGUUGUUUUAGCUAAAGAUUUUCGUACAAGAUACCCAUCAUGGUCCGAAGCUACAAUUAUGCAAAAGUGUUUGUAA